GGGGCGGCGCGGUGCGCGCUCGGCGGUGUGCGCUGCUCCUCAGUCACGGCUCCGGCUCGGCCUGCCCGCUCCGCCAUGUCGGCCCCCGGCAGCGGCGGCGAGUUCGGGAACCCGCUGCGGAAGUUCAAGCUGGUCUUUCUGGGCGAGCAGAGCGCCCGUUGCGUCGGAGCUCUUCUUGUGGCCUACUCUGCUCACUGUGUGCAGGGCAAACGAGAGGAAAAAUAAAUGUUGGGAAAACCUCUCUGAUCACCAGGUUUAUGUAUGACAGUUUUGACAAUACUUACCAGGCAACCAUUGGAAUUGAUUUCCUGUCAAAAACAAUGUAUCUUGAAGAUCGCACGGUUCGGCUGCAGCUUUGGGACACAGCAGGCCAGGAGCGGUUCCGCAGUCUCAUUCCCAGCUACAUCCGCGACUCCACCAUUGCUGUGGUAGUCUAUGACAUUACAAACUUGAAUUCUUUCCAGCAGACCUCCAAGUGGAUUGAUGAUGUUCGAACAGAGAGAGGAAGUGAUGUCAUCAUCAUGUUGGUGGGGAAUAAAACUGAUCUGGCAGACAAGAGGCAAAUCACUACCGAAGAAGGUGAACAAAGAGCCAAAGAGCUGAAUGUGAUGUUUAUUGAGACCAGUGCAAAGACUGGAUACAAUGUGAAACAGCUUUUCCGUCGUGUUGCUGCUGCUUUACCCGGGAUGGACAGCACACCAGAGAAGAGCAAAGAAGACAUGAUUGACAUCAAACUAGAGAAACCUCCUGAGCAGCCAGUAACGGAGAGUGGUUGCUCCUGCUAACAGGCCUGUUGUGUAGCAGCACAUUCCCCAACCGGCCAAUCUCACUGAAGAACAUCACUGCUCAUUGGCUAGGCAAACCUACUUUGUGGGCUGAAAAACCAAUCUACUAAGCGAGUGAACUCCCUGUUUACUGGUUGGGAGCAGCCCCGGCCGCCCCUCUUACUGCAUGGUAUGAGCCCUGAGUGCAGAAUGAGUGUUCUCUUUCUCUCUCUCUCUCUCUCUCUCUCUCUCUCUCAGUUGUUGCACUGUGGCACUGUAGUGCCCUUUACACACUAUCUCUUUGCUCUCUUUUUUUUUUUCUCUCUCUCUCCCCCCACUUUGAGCCUGUCUGCUCAGAUAUGUCUUUUGUGAAUGCAAUGAAAAAGCCACCAAGUUAGGGAAAACAAAAGCAAAGUUUGGGGGUGGGCUUUCCCCCUUCUUCAUUGCCUUGCAUCUUAACUACUUCCUUGUCCACUCCAGCAAUGUCUUUCUGUCCUGCAUCCCUGCUUCCUCUUUUUAAAGGCUACUCGUUUUAAACUAGUCACAGUUUGACUUGGCCUUGCCUUCUUUUUGACAGUACAGGUGAUCUAUUUCUAGCUUUGCCUCCUGUAAGGCAUGCAUAGUAGUAGCUGCUCGGUUUCUCCUUUCGGUGGAUGGUCUUGGCUAACUCUUGCUCAUCACCUCUAAGGUUUGCCCUAUACCUAGCUCUCAUGACACAAAACACUGGAAACCCCCAACUCUGAUAGCUUGAGCCUUGCUGCUCCCAUUCCUGUGGCAGAGACAUCCCACAGAUCGCUUUCUUCCGUUGGAAUUUCUUCUCAUCUUCCCUGAAGAUGUUGGUGUUUGGUGAGUGCUAGGUGUCAAGUUUGGGGGAAGAAGAGGGUGCAGAGGCUUUGCAGCAUGAGGUUGAGUGGGAAGAGAUCCUUAGGGCGGUUUGUGGGGAUCUGUAGGUCCUAUCUGUUGAUAGCAAAGACACUGGAAUCCCCUGGAAUUCCUCACUACAGUGCCAGUAUCUGCCCUGGACAUCAUUGGUGCUGUUCAGAUUCCUUUCCUGUACUUUCUUCUCCUGUUCCUCUUCACAUAGGCUGGGAGUUUCUUCACAUGAAGCAGGAGAGCUACAGCAGAUUGAAUGUCAGUGACAGCUGUUUUACUUUCGUAUCUAGGUUGCUGCUUAAUGAAAUCAUACACUACAUUAUAGCUACUUGCUUCUGGUAGCAGACCUUUUUUUGUGGGGGGGAGGCGUGUAGUAGCUAUUUCACUUUUGGAAUAGUGUUAACACUAUAAUAUUGCCAAAACUGAGGUUAGUAACAUGGAUAUAUUACCAGACCUGGGCAUUAGAGGAACGUUCACUGCUGGUGUUUUUCUUUUUUUGCUUUUUUGCUUUUUUGGUUUUUAGUCCUUUCUCAACCUCUAAGUUUCAGGAAUACAUUCAUCUUCUCUCUGUUCUAUACCCCUAGUUUCUAACUACUUUAACAGAGCUCUUCAGAACCUGUAGUGGAAGUCUUCUUGUCCAUCAGUCCUAACCAGAAGUCAGUAAGUUUGUCCAUUGGCAGGAGAAAAAAUAGGUAAGAGGGUUCUAAGUUAUUGACUGUUCUUCUGAUCACCUGGCCUAUGCUGACAGGAGAAUACUGGUGGGAUGAGGAGGGACAGUGCAGUGUGAAGGGUGCAAACAGGGACAACAGCAUUUGGUAGGUUGAGGACAUUCCCCUAGCAGAAUGCCUUGUUGGUCACUGACUCAGCUGUGUGCACUUUGAAGCCUGCAGAGCAUGCAUAGGAAGGGAACUGUCACUCUUGUAACGACCUGGCAGUCCUUGCUGGAGGAGCAUCCUGCUCACGUGGUGCCAGAGCUGCUCUUCAGCCACAGUGACUUACUUGCCUCAAGUUACUUAGACUUACCUCUUGUUCUCGAGAGCCUUGUCCCUUCCUCUCCGUGUGAGCUGGCCUGCAGGAAGAAGCUGGGAUGUUUCCCAUUUCACUCUGGAGUGUCGCCCCCUCAUUUCCUCCCCCCCCCCCCGCCUUCUCGCCCAGAAUAGUUGGCGUAGUCAAGAGUCCUUUGAACCUCACACCAGUGGGAAGUUCAGUCCCCUCCUCUGUACAUACUCCCUGUUGUGUGGGAAUUGCUGAUGUUCUGUCAGUGUGUCUGUGUCUGCCGUAGAACAGGUUUUGCCGUCCCCUUCUCACAGGCAGAUGUGCCCUGCCACUGCUGUCGUAUUGUUCUGAGUCACUGGACUUUGGUGGGAGGGAAGUGGGGGGGGAGGGGAGACCUUAAGUAAUGGGGGGGUAACUAGUGAAAUAAAAUAAAAUAGUUCACUUCCCACUGUCUUCUCUAUGGAUGUGUAUAAUAUUGAGUGUGUGUCUCUGGCCCUGCUGUCUCCUAGCUGUUAGCCAAGUAAGUGUGACUAUUAAUACGAAUAUGGACUGUCUGACCACAGCCAUGUACCACACUAAAUAAAGUUAUUUCACCAA